AUGAAGAGUAACCCGAUUAUUAAAUAUUAAAAAUAAAAAAAAAUAAAAAAUGAAUGGUCAAAGGGAAGGACGAAGCGUUCUCUGUCUUCUCGAGGUUGUUAUUGUGAUUUGAAAGAGAAGAAAGAAAGAAGACAAAGAGAGAGUGAAGGAUGCUGGAAAACCCUCCGGUACCAGAAUCUGCCACGGCGGUGAAGCGCUAUGCUCCACCCAAUCAGAGAAACCGUUCUACCCACAGACGCAAAUCAUCUGAUAGGCUUGAUCGAACAAAUAGCGCUGGGAGUGAUUUAGAUAAGAAUCAAGUUACUUCUUCAAGAAACUUUCAUGUUCCAGAUCACGGAGAUGCUGGCAGCAGCAAUAUUCUUAAUGAGAAUCACUAUUCAAGAUUCAUUGCUUUAGAAGGCUGUAGUAGCGGUGCAGCUUCCCAGCUUCUCAAUGAUCGUUGGACAGCUGCAAUACAGUCCUACAAUAAUCCGAAAGAUUCAUCUGAAAAACCAGUUAUGUAUUCUGGUGGGACAUCAGUUUGGACUCAGUUCAGACUCCCUCACCAGAUUAUGUCACCAGCUGCUAGUGCUCCUCCUUCUGUGUCACAGCGGGACUUCCUGGGAGAACUUCGUCGCCAAAUGCACAGCACCAAUUCUAGUUUCAACACAUGAUGGAGGACAUGGAUUUUGUAAUCUAGUUAUUGUCUGUUUGUGAUUUUAUAAAGUUCUUGUCACAGCUGAAUGCUUUAAGAACACUUUACUUGACUACCUGUUUGUGAAUUUGUAACAUUGAUAUGUCCGUCUCGCUACAUGAUAUAUGCAAGACAGAAUCAGAAUAUGUGUGACGCCUUUGUAACUUUGACAUCUUAAUCUGGCAAUUCAUCAGUGAAUUUACACAA